AUGAGUCUUCUUUCUUUAAUGUGCCAGACCCUUCCAUGUGUGUCUCUGCAGAUAGGGAUUUCGUUUUUUACUCUAUAUUUGAAACUGACUGUUACCUACCCUAAGUGGCGAAAGUUACCUGCUAACGCGCUUCUUCCCUCCAGAUGGACAUGUUUGAGUAACUUCUGGGAUCCAGAAAGAUCAUCAUGCUUAGCAGAUCAAGAAGUGAGCAGAGAACAGCUAAAAAAUCUGCUGCCACACCCUGAUCUAGCUGCUUUAAGAAAAAUGAAGACUGGUAAAUCAGAAACAACUGGUAACAACAAGGAAGAAGCUUCAGAAGAAGGGCUCGACACGCUUGCAAACUUGGCCAUUUUAGGAGGAGAAGGUGGCGGCGAGGAGGCUUCUUCUUCUCAGGCUGCGACAACAAAGCAUCCUCGACACAGACCUGGGUGCACGUGCAUCGUGUGCAUUCAGCCACCGAGCGGCAAGGGCCCCAAACACGAGCAGUCGUGCAUGUGUACGGUCUGCCAGACAGUGAAGCGCCGGUUCAGAACCCUCAUGAUGAACCGCUGGGAGAAGAGGCAGCAAAAGGAGGAGAAAAGAGUGGCAGCUGAAGCCAUUGCACGUAAGAAGCAGCGGCCGCCACUACCAACAACGCACAAUGACCUUGCUGAUAAUGAGGGUGGUUCUCCAGCUUCAGGUCAAACCGCAGAACCUGACCCCACCACCACCGCUGCCACCGGGUCACCUUUCAAAGGUCAAAUAAUCGACUUAAACAUCCAGCCGGAACGGGAGGAAGAGUUUUCAGUACCCUACACACCAAGAGAGCAGCAGCAGAAGGCGGUGUCAUCUUCGACCUCUGCGAGUAAUGAUGGUCAUCGGCAGCAGCAGCACGAGAGAGAGGUAACAUUGCCACCUCCUGGUGAUGAUCCUCUAUCCAGAAGCGACCACGUGGCAACUGAUGACACACCAUCAGCUAUUGAAUUAAGAAGUGCAGCAGCUGACAGAUCUUGCGAUGACAGCAUCUCAUUCGGCAACAGCAUAUGGCUAGCAAAUCGAACAGAAGCCCCUCCUGCUUCUUCUCCUGCCCCAGCUACUACCUGA